GUCGGUGGGUGAGCUGACAGCGCGGCUCGGCCAGUCGGCUGGAACUGAGUAGCAUUCACYGAAUCUGCGGCUCUCAUGACGUCUCGCUGCGUGGUCCACCACUUUGCUCCGAACCCAGGAACAUUUUUUUUCUGUCACUCUUGCCUUUUCCCCCUUCCUGCCGCCGGGUCUCCCUCCCCCGUGCCUGCCCAAACGCGCACCCCUCCGCCCCUCCUUCGGUCCCAGCGCCCAGCCCUCCGCUCCACUCUCGGCCACAGGGAGCCAGUCUGAAGACGGCCGCACCUGGCUGGAGAGGUUGGCGGGCGGAGGGUGGGGGUCCGCGGGAACCCGCCAGCUGGGGCCCGAGCUGGAUGGACCGCGAGAAUGGAGUCUCCUAACAGCCUCCCGGGGCUGAUGUGAAGUCGGACCAUCUGCUUCCAGUUUUUGGUUUCCUUCUCGUUUUUGUAUUUCCUGCCCUCGCCAUCCAUCGUGGAGUGAAUUAUUAAAUCUUGCUCCGCUCAAGAGAGAUCAUGAUUGAGUGAGACCACCCUGUCCGCAACCAGGAAAAGCACAAACAAGAAAUGACAACGAUGGCCAAGUUGACAGAAUCCAUGACUAAUGUCCUGGAGGGGGACUCCAUGGAUCAGGAUGUGGAGAGCCCCGUGGCCAUUCACCAGCCAAAGUUGCCUAAGCAGGCCAGGGACGACCUGCCCAGACACAUCAGCAGGGACCGGACCAAAAGGAAGAUCCAGAGGUACGUGAGGAAAGACGGAAAGUGCAACGUCCACCACGGGAACGUGAGGGAGACCUACCGCUACCUGACGGACAUCUUCACCACCCUGGUGGACCUCAAGUGGAGAUUCAACCUGCUGAUCUUCGUCAUGGUCUACACAGUGACGUGGCUCUUUUUUGGAAUGAUCUGGUGGCUGAUCGCGUACAUCCGAGGAGAUAUGGACCACAUAGAGGACCCCUCGUGGACUCCCUGCGUCACCAACCUCAACGGGUUCGUCUCUGCUUUUUUAUUCUCCAUAGAGACAGAAACCACCAUCGGCUACGGCUACCGGGUCAUCACAGAUAAGUGCCCGGAGGGAAUCAUUCUCCUCCUAAUCCAGUCYGUGUUGGGGUCCAUUGUCAACGCCUUCAUGGUGGGAUGCAUGUUUGUAAAAAUAUCUCAGCCCAAGAAGAGGGCAGAGACCCUGGUCUUCUCCACCCACGCGGUGAUCUCCAUGCGGGACGGGAAGCUGUGCCUCAUGUUCCGGGUGGGGGACCUGAGGAACUCCCACAUCGUGGAGGCCUCCAUCAGAGCCAAGCUCAUCAAAUCCAAGCAGACGUCCGAGGGGGAGUUCAUCCCCCUGAACCAGACGGACAUCAACGUGGGCUACUACACAGGGGAUGACCGGCUAUUUCUGGUGUCACCGCUGAUCAUCAGCCACGAAAUUAACCAACAGAGCCCUUUCUGGGAGAUCUCCAAGGCCCAGCUGCCCAAGGAGGAACUGGAGAUCGUGGUCAUCCUGGAGGGGAUGGUGGAAGCCACAGGGAUGACGUGCCAAGCCCGAAGCUCCUACAUCACCAGUGAGAUCCUGUGGGGUUACCGGUUCACGCCCGUCCUGACGCUGGAGGACGGCUUCUACGAAGUUGACUACAACAGCUUCCACGAGACCUACGAGACCAGCACCCCGUCCCUUAGUGCCAAAGAGCUGGCCGAGCUGGCCAGCAGGGCAGAGAUGCCCCUGAGUUGGUCUGUGUCCAGCAAACUCAACCAACAUGCAGAACUGGAGACUGAGGAGGAAGAGAAGAAUCAGGAGGAGCAAACAGAAAGGAAUGGUGACGUGGCAAAUCUAGAGAACGAGUCCAAAGUUUAGCGCCUGGCUGGGCCCCCCUCCCUCCUGCCCCAGACGUGGCCUUUCCUCGUCACUCAUCCUCUUUCUUUUGGUCUCUCUGGCUUUGUUCUUUAGACUUAAUUUUGACAUCACCAGGAAACAAGUCUUCAAGGUGUAAAAUCCCUACCUGCCCUCUCUCAGCUGUUCAGAUUGACAAGGUAGACCAGAUGGUUAAGGAGCCGUGGGCCCAUAUGUGUGGCCCAGGUUUGAUCUCUUCUCAAAAUACCCACCUUCAACUCCUAGAGAUUUGAGCUGCUAACCUGCAUGUGUCGAACAAUACCAGAUCACUCUAAAGGGAGUGUCCAAGAUUUUACCUGGGAUGUGACGAACGAGGUCUCCGGUGCCUAUCUACUGCGCAGCGAGUCAUAGGGUACAGCCCUGAGUUUUAUAGAUCCCACACAUUUCAUCUGCUACAGGGUAAGGUGCUUGCCCGUGMGGGCACUGCAGGUAUAGGACCCAGGUGAGCUAAAGACUAACCACUGUACAUAUAUAUGCCUUAUGUAAUUUUUUUUCUUUUGGCAAUUAGUAAUAAAGCCCAGCAUGUACAAAAGUACUGUAGAACAGAACUUCUAUUAAAUAAUGUAUAUAGAUGUAUCAUUAAUGUAGUUUUAGAUAUCUAACUUUAGAAAUAAGAAGAAAAAAAAGAUUCCCAAUGUACAGUAGGCAUUUCCUUUUUGAUAUCUGUGUUUUCCAACUAUUUUGAUUUCAUGAACUGCUGGCCCUUUAAUGCAUGGCCUUUGUUCUGGGUCCCAGACAGGCAGCCCUUAGGGUCCCUCUCUGUUCCCUUGCUGAUCCUUUUGUUGAAUCUAAUAAGCCAUAGGUUCGGGGGCAGUUGGGAGAUCCAGUAGACGGGAAGACCCACCACCAAUAAGCUGAUAUACUGUG